GUUUCAACUCGCCCCACCAGAAGAUGAGUGCAUUUUUAGUGAGCAUUGAUUCCUAUCUGUAGCUUCCUGUCAUUGUAAAAGGAAUUCAAGUGUUCCUGUCAAAUCUUCAACACCUCCUACUCUCUUUAUAAAGACGUUACCACAAAGGCAGUUCCAGUUUGUAUUGCAGUAGUUGUGCUGCUGCCUCUGACACCAAGCUAAUAAACAGAAGCUAAUCAACCUCAACGGAGAUAUCACCGUAAAAUGGUAGGAUUGUUAAAAUAUCAAGAGAUAAUGUUUUUAGUCGCAAGUAGUGCAUUGAUGUUGCAGGCGUUUGUUUUUACGGGUUAGGUCACUGAGCCUUGAAUCGAUUUGGGGACCUUCUCCUCUUUAUUUCCUAUCACAAGUACGAUUCCUAAGACCAUGUGUCAUAGAUAACGGGAGAUGAAGUACUCUACCUAAAUCCUAUGGUCACUUUCUGGCUUGAAAGCAAUGGUGGUGUUAGUUGUUAAAUGUGGUCUUUUGUGCCCCCAUUUCAUGGUUACUCAUGUCAUUUGUAUUAUUUUUUUUUUAGGCUUACCGUGCGGUUAAGUCUUUGGGGUUUUUAUUUCUUAUCUACUACAUCCAUUCCACUAUCUCGUCUCAGGUAUGUGAAGAAGGAAUAACUUUUGUAACUAUCCUUGACUAGCAAAAGUCCCUUCCAUGGAAUGUUUCCUCUCAAUGUUUGAUGUUUAGCCAAGACUAAAAGCGAAGCUUCCGUUAAUAUGACUUAUAACUCGCUAAAAACAAAUUAUAAGCCGUUGCAAAGAAAUCUGCGGAUACCUUGUUUUGACGUACGGUUGUCAAUUGACCAUCCAAUAUUAGUAAGAUACAGUAAAAACACGCAUAUAAAAACCUAUUGCUUUAAGAACUUUAACAAGCUAAAAUUUGUCAUUUACAGCAGUUACCUUUACUAACACGCGCCCUCGAUUUUUUUUUCUUCCGUUCAAACCUGCGGUUUGGUAGACGUCAAUCAACCGUUACCAUGGUUUUCACGCGUUGGCCAACAGAAGAUUCUUUCCCCGUUUCUCGAGCAUUCGGAGGAACAUUCCGGCGUUUAAGCCGUUUUUGUAAUAUUUUGCUAAAGGAUGACUGACACCGCUUCAUUUCAAGAUCACGAGAAGUAAGAAUUUGUUGAGUGUUUGUUGGAGGAAACUCAAAUUAUCAACUUAUUUACACUGUAUUGACAUAAGCUUUCUCAAUACACGUUCGCAACUCGUCUGAGUUCUUGGUACUGCAGGUAGUUCUGGAUUCUAUUCGAUAACAUGAAGAAUGAUAAGUAGAAAUUCAUUUUCGAAAACAGCCUCCAUUCAGAGAAAAACGUUUUUCCCUUGUCGGUGUGAUAUCUUUUGUUUCUUUGAUUUCUACUCCUUGGCGAAUCGUCCACGGCUCUCCGCAUGUUUUCAUACAAUCAAAUAAAUAAAUAACCUGAAAACUUUUACGUAUUAAACUAUAGAGACUCUUUCGGCUAUUUCACCCAGCUCGCAGAGACCUCGUUGUUUUAACAAUGAAUGUAAUCCUUCAUGUUAAUGAAAUAAUUAAAACCGCUGUCGUCAUUCGAAAUUAUUCUUUAAUUAAAGUCUUCGCCCUUCAUUCAGCGACGAGGGAACCUUCUCUGUCAGAGCGCGUGAGAAAACCAUGGAAACAGCUAGUUGAUUGACGUCCACGAAAACUCAGGUUUCAACGGACAGAAAAAACCCCUAGAGGGCGCGUGUUAGUGGUAACCGCUGUAAAUACCCAAAAAUAUACGAAUCUGUUCAGCCUGGCGAAGAAAAAAAGGUUCUUAUGGAGAAAAAAAAACAUCACUCCAAUUGAUGGUCAAAAUUCUGGAUUUUAAUUGUGUUUGAGACUUCUGACAAGAAGUUAUAUUGUGUGUAUGUUUUCUUUCAUUUACAUUUGUUUGGAUUCUCAUCAGAAAUAUGUUUUCCUUAAAGCUAAGGUGCAAUAUAGACGAUUUAAAAUCGAAAAUAUCCAUAUAUUUCUGGCAAUGGUCAGACACUACGAGCUACUACGAAAACCUCAGAAAAUAAGAACCUAUUAAGAACAUAAUCAGCCUAAAUUGGGAAAACCUACCCUAAAAUUCUAGGUUCUUAUAUGCGGUUUUUUACUGUAUACACCGACGUUGACUAAUAAGAUGGACGCAAGCUUCAUGUCUGGGACUCCCUUCAUAUCCCUUGAAUAGUUUCCCCUUCCCCUACCCAGAGUCUGCACGGACGGACGGAACAACGGGCGUACACUAACGUCGUCACCAAAAUUUUUCUGAUUGGUGAGUUUCCAAAUACUAUUCAAAUCAAGGACUUCGCUGCAGGCUCUUCGCGCGAGGAAGCUCCGCUAUGAUUUUCGCCCUCGUAAAGUGAUAGAAUACAGGGUGCUAAGUUCGUCAAAAUUUAGGUAAAUGAUCGAUUAAGCGCCGCACCUUUACCGAAAAUUAUGUAGAAGACCCGCUCUCGAAUAAGCCCCGCGGCGCUAAUUUGGGUAUUUACAAAUUAACGUCCCACCUUUGUUACAGCGCUUGAUAUAAAGAGAUGUUAAAACCAUAUCGCUUGAGAAAUAAGACCCCGACCGAUUCGUAAGUUCUAAAGAUUUAGGGAAACUCUUGAAACCGGGUUCAUAUAACAGUUCGAGGUGCACAUUUUUUAUACUAAACUGUGCAUAAGUACGAACAUUAACCACAAAGGACUGCAAACGAAUGUGCCGAAGAACGUAGGAUCUAUGAAGAUCUGAUCAGCAAAAAUAGUUAAAUUAACUUUGCAAGACAUUAACUAUGACACCGAGAGAACUCAAAACAGAGCGGGAUUGUAGCCAUUGACAGCUGUUUCGCUAUUAUUGUAGCUAGUACUUACCUCUUUUUACUUCUCUCUAUAUUUCCCUUAGUGUUUUGUUGAAGCGCCGCUUUCGUAUAAGUGCCGCGGCGCUUAAUCGAUCAUUUACAGUACUCACUAAGGGCCGUUUAUAAUUUAUGUGAUGGGGGAAGGCGGGGGGGGGGGGGGCUAUGGGGCCAUUAAUUUUCAUCCAAAACAUUUAGGUGGCCCAUCGAAAUUCAAUUGGUACUCUGUAUAGGGGGAGGGGGAACAGAGAAAAAGUACGAGACUGACAUGGGAGAUCGAUGUUUAUUAAAGUCCAAUGAAAUAUCAGGUGAUCUCCCGCGCGAACAAGUGAUACAUGUAUCUUCACGUGUGAAAAUAACAUGUUUUAUUUGUUACAUAUCAUCACAAAGCCUUGCAAAUACAUUCGGUUAAUACGUGAAAACUCCUUCUAGUCAACCCAAAUGAUUCUGACACCUGUGGUCAUAGGAUGAAGCUCGUGGCCCUUCGACCACUUCUGGUACAUGUACUGUAUUAGUUGUAAUUUUGUUUUUGUUUUGUUUUGUUUGUUUUUUUUUUUUUGAGUAUUUGUUACCUUUGCCAUUCAGCAUUUUUAGGUUUAGAAUAACAAAGUAGCUAUAAGGGAAUGUAUCAUGUGUAGGGGGUUUACGAGCAAUUCGCUCGCUGAGCGUAGAGGUACCAGGUAUCUGUUUUUACAUCUUGUUGUUCUUUAAUCUUUACAGGGGCUGUUAUGUCUUCUUUAAAGCAUCACUUAACGAAUUCUGCUAGACAACUAACUGUAACUAAUCUCAACUACUCUCUCUUUUGUGCUAAACACUGGCAACUUAUAUAAGUAAAACGUAGGUACGUUUAGGCUUGCUGACCAUAAGAGUUACAAACGCUUUUCCGAGUGACUUAAACGAAUUUCCUGUUGAUAACCAAAGUGGAAUAAACAGACCCAUAAGAAAACCAAUGAAAGCGUGACAGCUAAAUCCACGAGGCUCUACCUCAAACCAAAACAGGAACUCAGAUGUAGGUAACAAUCAAGGUCAGCGACGGUUCCAAAACGUGCCCACUUCACAGGGGCGGAUCUAGGGGGAGGGUGCAGGGGGUGCGCACCCCCCCCCCCGAGAUGACCUGCGGUUUUAUAAUACAACUGGUAUUCUGCGAAAAAAAAACUAUGUGGUUUAUUGGUGUUGAAGUAGAGCAAGAGACGAGUGCAGUCCCUCCUAAAAAAAAUCCUGGAUCCGCCCCUGCUUCAAGUACUGACAAUCAAAUUUAAUAAAUGACAUUCAUGUUGAAAAACUACUUCAAAAGGUAAUAGAAUUUGAAUACCUGUCGACACAAAUACGGAUUCUGAACCUUGAUCUAUAAACUGAUCAUAACAAGACUCUAGUCACAAGUGAAACGUCAAGCACAAACACGAAAUAAACUUAAAAUAACCUUCAAAAUACUUCACAACACAUGCAAAUGAUGUACUAUAAUUCAUUUAUAAAGCUUUAAAAUUUAAACUGUCCACUAUGUUUUUUCCAUUCAGAUGUUAUAUAAUAAAGUCACAAUAAAUAAUCUAUUUUAUGCAAUAUUAAGUUCAAGUUAUAAAAAAAACUUCAUUGGCUUAAAUAUUGUUUGUAUCAGCAAUUCAAAGAUAUUUUAAAGCAAAUAUGGUAGAUUGCUGGUGAUAGGAGUUGUGGUAGAGAGGAAGGGGGAGAGAUGGUCAUGGUGUUUUACCUUUGUUCGCAAGCUCUCAUGAGAGGUGGCGGGUAGCAGAUAAAAAUAUCUUACAUCAUCAGGGAGGGGGUUGGGGGCUAGGAAAAAAAUAUUUAAGAAAAAAAAUUAUGAACGGUCCCAAACCACUUUUAAUUUGGAAGCCGUCACUCAUCACCUUAUCGGUUUUUUUUUUUUUUGUUAGCACAUACUUGAAAUAGAGGAGAAGGGAACUAAGUUUGCGGAAGGAAUCGAAAUUGAUGAACAGAGAAAUGUGGCAGUCUUCCGAGUCCCUGCUCACAAUGACGUCCUGGGAGCUGACUUCUACAACGAUUUUCAGAUGGUAAGUGUCUGAAAUUUUUCAUUGACAUCCGUUACCGAGUCGCCGCACCGUGACGGCAAAACAAAUCACGUUGAGGGAACGAAAACCUAACCAGUAAACAUUGUGUUAGUGUGCUAACCCUGAACUUGUCACCGCUGAGAAAACGAUGACUUUCUUACCCUGGAACUUAGGGAAGCAAACAAUUUCUUUUCCCUCGUGUUUGAGUUAGAAAUAAGUCAUACAUACGACGGUGCUCCAACAUAAGCGAGAAGGAAGGAAACAUCAGGACUCGAGAAAAAACCAAACUAACUUUUUCCCGAGGGACAUGACGAUUUGAGGCUCCGUAUGCUGUCUGUUUGCUGGAGUUGCAGGGUAAAAAAUUUAAAGUUUUUUUCAUGAUAUAUUCCUAGACUGUCGCUUUAACAGCGACAAAGAAUAAAGGGUGAAUCAAAACAAUUAAUGUCGGUACUAAAGAAACGAAACUAUUUCAUGUAUUUAUCUGCAUCUUUUUUAGCGGAGCUCCGCGCGCGAAGAGCGCCGCGAAGCACCAUGGGUAAAUAAAUCUACCCGUCCCAGAAAAUUUGGUUAUCACGUGACCGACCGACCGAGCGACUGACCGACCGUCCGUCCGCACCACAGGCAUACCAAUGUUUAUUUUCACACUUUCUAGCUACUUUGGGAGCCCGGGAGAAAGCUGAUUGCACAUCAAUGUUGUCAUCAAUUGACAGCUGUCAAAACAGGGUAUCCGCUGACCAGUAUCACCUGACCGUAUCACGGGCUCAGGUGUCGACCCAUCAAGGUCGAGUAUUUUUGAAGUUAUCCCUUGCCAAUUUACUCGUUUUCAAAUGAUCGCAGGCUCACGUUUACUUUUUUUUUCAUAAAUUCAUAUCAAAUAUGCUGUGUUUAUGUCAGUAUCGCCCCGCACUAUUACGAUUUUGAUUUCAAACUGACCUCAGACGCAAAAAUUCAGCCAGUUUUUGUGUCUAGUGCGAAGCACAGACACUAUGAGAAAACGCUAAAAUCCUCUGGUAAGUGCUUCAUAUGUGGCAAAUUAUUACGUCAUACGAAUAAAGUUUCACUGAGGUUUCUCCUACGUGACACAUUACAUGAAGCGAUCUUUACUGGGUACCAGGAGGGUAAUAUCAUCGAUAAUCACUCGUAAUUUCUUUGUGACCCGAAAUAAACAACCAAUGACAAUCGGAACCAAUCGAAUGUGUAUUAGUAGAGACGACAAUUGCGCCAACACCAUGUGCUUUCCACGACAACUCCCGACAACUGCAAGAAAACUCUCUACGACGAUUUGCUUUCGUUGCUUUCUUCGACUUGUGUGAUACGAGUUGUCCUAUCAGUAAGUUACCUUUUAGUUUCUUACUUUGUGAUGAAUGUCUUAAGACGUAUUUUCUCAGUAUGCCACAGCUUUCGAAAUAUGUGUCAAUCCUGCUGAAUGAAAGGUUUCGAAAGGUGCUUCAAAGUUGAAGAUCAAGGUACUUGGCGCCGACAAACUCUCCAUGCUGCAAUUUUGCGACCGCCUGCGAAGAGGAUACAAAUUAAGCUUUUAAAUAUGAGCCACAUUUGGGGAAAGAAAAGCCCGUUAUGGGAAAUAUUGAGCCCCUUUUGGGGAUAACAAAGCCCGCUGAGGGAUUAAAUAAGCCCUUCCGGGAAAUUUAAACGGCAGAAAAUCUUUCGCCGCUGAAGGAUUUAAUGUGAAAAAACUUUUCAAUAGCCAAACAUAUACGAAAGCUGUGGCGAUUUCCUUCAGACAAAGUCAUACUAGAACUCGUAAUCUUGUUAAAUAUCACCCAAGGGUCGUUUUUACUGAAUCUUUCCAUGCAAUGGUUAGCACUGAUCAGGAGGUGUGCUCGCCGUGUGAGAGAGAAUUUGAUAGACAUUACAAAGUACAGGAAAAACGUCAUAGAGACCGAGAGCCGUCAAGAUUACCGAUAAAAAAGAUUGUGAGCUCCAUGAAAAAGAGAAAAGCUAGACGCAAGGUGAAGCGCAUUUUCAGGAAAUUUACUCCUAAAUCUUCACUUUGUUCAAGUUUAGCGACUGACUAUGUUAUGUAACAUACGUACACAGAUGCCUCUGUUUUUUUUACCGACUUUGCAAAUCUUAAAAGAUGGGCAGCAAACAAGUUGUUACAAAAUAGUAAACUAGCAAGUAUGCAUUGUUUAGUUAAGCACAAAACAGUGAAAUCAUGUAGCUGUACCAAAAGAUAUUGUGUAUCGAAAAUGAAGCUUUUGAUAUCCGGUGAUAUCGAGUUAAAUCCAGGCCUUGAGCAAAAUGUCUGUGAUCAAACUGCAUUGUCAGUAGGUUCCACCUUAUUGUUAAACUAUCGAUUAGGUCAGCUGGGAUUGAGACCUCUUGAUAACUUUUUGUAUUUCUCAUUUACAACUAGUUGCCUUGAAAUAAAGUUGUGUUCAAUUCAUUUCAUCGUUACCACUGUGAUGUUAAAAAUAACAAAUUCAUAAUAGUUAGCACCACUUCCAGAAAAAUGUCUGCAAUAAUUUCAACCACACCCCAAAGCAGACCAACCUCUACUCCUCCUUACUUUUCUAUCACCUUCAACUCGUUUGUUAGUUCUAGCCAUAUUUCUUUGCUAGACUGUUGGAGCUUCACAUUAUACCCCAGCCUCCACUCCUGUACUCUAUGGCGGAUAAAUCCUAAUUGCAUUCACGAAGUCUAACGCAAUCCUAUAUAACCAUAUACACAUUACUCAAUUACCCAGCACUAGACACAUGUACGCAAUGCGGACCUAUUUUUUUAAAAAUACUUGCGGGGAAGACCUUUUCUUAACAUGGUCACGUGUUGGUCACGCUCCACGACCAAUUUUUAUGCUCUGAUUAGUUAAAAUUUGACAGGUGAGUUCAUGCGUAAAAUUCAUGCAGCAUCUUGAAAGUUGUUUACUUUGACAGCUGAAGCUGACAGAGUUUUGAGUCAACUUGUGAUGUUUUUAACUGUCUUUUUCCACUGGAUGUAAAAAAUGAAAUACAGCUGCUAUCAAGAGCAUUCUCUUAUUCAUGGCUGGUUUGUUUAUUGGGUUUUUGGUUUAGAAAUGCGCCGUUUGUCAAAGCCGAUAAUCCUAUAUCGGAUGGCAUCGUUUUUGUUUUUCACCUUGCUGGCUGCGUACGAGAAUUAUAAAGGCUCAAGCGAUCCUUGCCUUGCUUGAUAGCUUUCAGGAGCUGCAUCUCGAAAUGUGGCAAGCCUGAGUAAUUAUUGUAUUUAUAUCUAGUUUCAUGAAGUCCAGCGGCGUAGUUUAUGAAGCUAGUUUGUGCACGUUUGUAUUAAGAUUUGACUGAGACACUGAUCUGACCUAGUAUGAGGCUUGAUAUAAGCUUAAGCUUACAGAACUUUCAAAGCCUUUAGUCGAUUUUAAUUCUCCGUAAAUAGAAAGAAAAAACUUUCCGAAGAAUAUUUAGUUAUAAUUUUGGCUGUAGAAAGAAAGCUUUGAGCGAUCUUCUUGUCGUGAGUUCAUCUUUGAAAACAGCAAACACCGGGAAACCUGCGGCUUAAAACAUAAUCUUUAAGCUUACUAGUAAAGACUUGAGGAUUCUAAGAGACACUUAAAUACUCAUCUGUUUUCGUGAAUGAAAAUUGUUUUCUCUGUAAAUGUUCUACCGAAUUAUAUUUCUUUAUUGAUCGUUGGUAGUCUCAAAAGUGUAAUUUUCAUCGCUUUAAUUUGCCGUUUGUUUUCAGGCGCUCAUAAACAUCGCUUGCAGGAGUACUCAAAAUGCCGAGCGUAUCAAACGCUUUUUAAGAUUAAAACCAUGAAUAAAAAAUAGACUCAAUAAAUUCUUUAUCACGUUGAAGCGUAACUCUUUUAAAAUUUCUUCGCAAAUUUGGCGCUUGUCAAAAGUUAGAACCGGCUGGCCGUAUAGGUGAUUUUGGAAAUUUGUUGAACGGUUUCGCUAAUUAAAAGUCCACGUGUGCUUCGAUGGUCCUGAAUAUUGAAUGAAUGUAAUUUGUCUUGAAAAACUGUGAAAUACUGCAAUUUGUACGAGGUCUGUAUGAUAAUAACAUCGCCUCAUGGUACUCUUUCUCCUCAGAUGUGGUGUAUAAAAAAAAAAUAAAAGAUUGGUUUGCACGCACCCAGAUUUAUUGGCAAGAAUUUGUAAACUUGUCGAACGCAAAGAGUUCGGCCUGAUAUGUUUUCCACGAAUUUGUUUUCCACACCUUAUCUACUGUGAUCAAGAGCCAUUAUUGCUCUUAAAUGUGAGCGAAGACUAUUUUAUGGGUGGACAUAUCAACUCGAUACAAGAUUUGUUUCACUCCAAAAUCACUUAGCUUUAAUUCCCUCAAAAGUCACAUGAAUGUGCCCUUAAGUUAACUGAUUUGUGGAAUACGCAACGCUCGUUAUGGUGAGGAGCGUUGCGUGACGACACAAAGAACGGAGCAGACUAUAGGAAACCCCUUUACUUAAACAAUUCCAGUUUAUUAUGACUUUGACUUCUAAUUUGUUUUUUCGUUUUCUUUUUCCUUUUUGUUUUGUUUUGCUUUUAUUUUUAUUUUUCCUAGCGUGUAACCGUUACCAGGAUUCUCUCUCGAAAAGUCUGUUAUAUUUCUGAAAUGGACUCAACACUGUCGGCACCAGGAAAACUGAAAGCAGAUCUUACACGGGUAGGCAAUUUUAAAAAAAUAGUUUCAGGCGACCAAUAUAUAUAAGCUGAUAAAUAUACAAAUAGCUGAUACAGAGAAAAAGUCUUCAUAUUUUAUGAUAAUGUUUCAUCACAAACGAAGUUGCAAUCCAGUAUGAUGAAGCCAUCUGUUUAAGUGGAUGUGUAGCUAAAUUCACCGAAUGCGAAGUAGAAUAUCAUUGAUGGAAGCUUUGGCUAGGUGUGUUUGGCCAAUGUUGGUUUUAAAUUUAAUUACUCACGGGCACACCUGCUAGAUGGCACCCCGUACAACGCGAUUUUAAUCUUUCGCUGUUUUGUGUUUUUAUCCCACAGGCAACAUCUUCAGGAUCCCGGCCAAAAAAGCUUCCUGUAGAGGAACAAUCUUACGUGGUGAUGGUUACUGAUACAGCCAAAAGAUCCCUACUAACGAAGGAGAUUUUAGAUUUUUGUGGAGUCUUGCCCAUUUACAACACAAAACUAUAUCCGGAUACGAGCACUAAGACUGGAGUUGCAGGUAAUGAAGGAACUAAUUAAGAUUCCAGCUUUUUAUCUAACAUAAUAACCGUUGUGCGUUCUCCAUCGUAGGUUUUUAAAGAUUUUGUCACUUCUCUAGAAGGCCUGCAGCACUGGUUAGGGCUACGCAACGUCCCAUUAAAUUAGCUGAUUAGAAAAGAGAUUACAAUUUUCCAUAUAUCAAGUACCGUAUUUAUUUUAUAAAAUGCCGCGGCCUUUAUUACCUUUUUAGCUUUUCUGACAGUGCAGCGCUCAUUCCAGGACGUCGUUUAUUUCAAAAUCCAACUCCUUCAAUCACUGACAACAAAUACGGAAAUCAUUUGUAAAUAUGUUAAGCAGAAAGAUGUUUUAGGUGUUGAAAUGUCUCACUUUUUUGCCAAGAUAGAAUCGUAUUUGGAUUGUGUAGCUUAUUAAGUUUUGGCGAGUUUUUUCUUCUAUAAGCCUCGAAUAAACCGCUCCGCAUCCGUCUAUUUGGGUGCGGCAUUUAUUCGAGAGCAGUGUUUAAUCGAGCAAAUACGGUACAUACAAAGACUGCUAGUUCUACCGAGUAAGGAUCAAGAGUAUUAUCGAUCAAAACUAAAGUAAAGUAAAAUGUAAACAUACAAUCGAUUAGUUUGGUAAAACGCAUUCCCCUUUGGCAUUAUUUCAUUGUAGUAAUUUGUUAGCAGUAGAGUGAAAAAGAUCAAGAGGAAACUUCCAGCUAUGUAUCUUUGUCGCUUUCCUAGAUCCUUUCCCGCCCAACUGAUCCAAUAAGUCACCCUCCCUAUCCUUUGAAGCCAUUAAAAAUCUUAGAGUAGACUCUGAAUUAGCCUGAGGAAACAGACGACAUUUCCCGACGCCACCAACGGUUUCCCCGCGAAAUGACGUCUGAGAAACGAGCCCAGAAAUUCCAUACUGAUAACGUUUCACUAACCAGAUCUGGGUAGUGCUUCUGAUUGGUCCUGCCGCUUGUGAAAUUUACUUCAAGCAAUCAGAAACACUGCCCAGAUUUGGGUAGUGGCGCGUCAUCAGUAUGGAAUUUCUGCGAUCGUUUCUCAGACGUCAUUUCGCGGGGAAACCGUUGGUGGCGUCGCGAAAUGUCGUCUGUUUUCUCAGGCUAACUCUGAAUGAAAUGCUGUCAUUUGCAUUUCUUUUUACCGAAUUAUCAAAUUUACAGUUGUUACAGGGCGGCGUCUGGUCAAGCGACAGGUACAACGGACAGAAACAACUACAUUUGCUGGCUUUAAUCGUACUUGUAAAAGCAUGGUAGAUGAUAAAGGACAACUCCGAUAUGAUGGUUUGGAAAAGUGCCGUGGUCCAAAUGACAAAUGGGUUGCAACUUGUAAAUUUAAGGAAGGGAUGUGUUUUUACUUUGCUAAGUGCAAUUAUCUCAAGGGUUUAAGGUACUAUUGGAACUGUACAGAAGUACACAAGAGAUCUGAAAUUCCCGUCUGCUGUGAUCUCGCUUGUGCCGAUCGGUAAAAAAAAAGUGAGAGAUGGAAAACUUUUCCCCCAAAAAGGCCUCCUCAGUUUUUGUUUUUGUUUUUUGCUUGUCUGUUUGUUGUAAUUUGUCUCACUGACAACUUUAACUUUCCGCCAGAGGCACCUUUUGGCCAACAUAAUGAAGCACCUACUGGUCAAAUUAGUUGUUUCAUAUUAUGUAUUAAAAAGAUAAAGGUAACAAAAAGUUAAACCAUAUCGUGACCUCUUUUUUGGAUACUGUCAUAGUUGUUGUUGAUGUUGCUUUUAUUUAUGGCAACACAACUCUUCAGAUUAAAGCUGAUUCUAAUAAAAUGGAAAUAUUUCUUAAAGAAAAUUGUGUUACGACCUCUAGAACUGAAGCCCUCGCGCGAAACUCGUAGAUGAACCUACGGUCCUUAAAAUAAUCCAUAGGAACACGCCGUCUGUCUCAGGGUACGUUGUCUACCAGGUUCACUUGCAAUUGUUGGCAGUUACUGCGCAUGUGUGAACCAAAUUUUGAAAUGUAAGGUCGAAGCGGUUGACGUUUUUGCACCAUAUAUACUACAAGAACCGAGCUGUAGUAAUACCAUAUUGAAGAGACUGGUGUAGUUCUCAUGUCUCUGGACUGACGCAAUGUGAUUAUAACAGCAAUGUGAUUAUGACCAGUCACUAUUCACCAACUAUUGGCCUGUCUCGAUUCUACCAAGCUUUACAAAAUUUCUAGAGAGAAUCAUCUAUAAUCGCUUGUAUGAUUAUUUAACUAAUUUACAUAUUCUCUGUGAUGACCAGUUCGGCUUCAGGAAAAACCACUCUACGACGCUUGCCUUGAUUGAUUUGCAUGAAAAAAUUUCAUCUGCUAUUGAUCGUGGUGAAUUAGCGGUUUGUGUUUUUUUAGAUCUCUCGAAAGCUUUCGAUACAGUCAAUCAUUCCAUCUUAUUUGAUAAACUUGAACACUAUGGUAUACGUGGCUUGGCUCUGAAAUGGAUUAAGAGCUAUUUUUCAAACAGACUUCAAUUUGUAGAAUACAAUGGUUAUGUUUCGUCUCGUGCUAAUAUCAUGUGUGGCGUUCCCCAAGGUUCAAUACUAGGGCCUUUGUUUUUUCUGCUCUACAUCAACGAUAUAAUCAACACUUCAACAAUAUUACAACUGAUAUUAUUUGCUGAUGAUACAAACGUUUUUGUGUCUCACAAGGGUAAAGACUGCCUAACUAAUAUACUGAACGCUGAGCUAGAUAAGUUGUCAUUAUGGUUUAGAGCUAACAGGCUUUCAUUAAACUUGAAAAAAACCAAAUUCAUCGUAUUUAAACCAUGCCAAAAGCGUACAAAUCAAACUAUUCAACUUUUAAUUAAUAGCCAAAAAAUUGAUCAAGUAAAAGAAACAGUUUUCUUGGGAGUAAUCAUGGAUGAAAAUUUAAAUUGGAAAUCUGAAAUCUCACAUGUCGCCAAUAAGGUUUCUAAAUGUACAGGAAUUAUUCGUAAAUCCAGUUUCUAUUUAUCUACGAAAACCUUACGAACACUAUAUUUUUCUCUAGUCUAUCCAUACUUUUUUUACUGCAACUUAGUUUGGGCCUCCGCUUACAGAACUAACCUUAUUCGUCUUGAGAUUUUACAGAAACGGGUCAUCAUGCAGAACUAUAGCUAAAACCCCUUUCGAUUCACAUACUGAUCCAAUCUUUCAAAAUCUUGGUAUCUUAAAAUUUCAUGAUAUAUACUUAAUACAACUAGGCUUAUUCAUGUACUCCUAUCAAAACCAUACAAUGCAAAUUUACCAUGCAAAUUUACUUUACAAAGUCAAAUUCAUUCGUAUAAUACAAGAAACUCGUGUAAAUUUCAUCUGUCUUUCUGUCGUACUCGAAUCAAACAACUUUCCGUUUUUUAUCAAGGACCUAAAUUUUACAACACCUUAAACACCAACAUCAUCAACGCUUCCUCACCUUUUUCCUUUAAAAGAGCACUUAAGGCAUUUAUUUCUAAUAAUUAUUAGUAUACUCCAACAGAAAUCUUGCGAAAAUAUUCAACAUUAUUUGUAAACUUCCGUAAUAUUGAUUAGUUUAAUUUUCCACCUGAUUGCUGCCGGGCAUCAGCCGGUAGCAGACCAUAUUCUUGAUCCAUUUGAGAUUUUUGGUUCGAUAGUUCCAUGGUUCGAUCGUCAUCUGUGACUGCAGCGCUGUGCAGUCAGUCUGUUUUUCUCUUAGGAGCAACCCCCCAUUUUGUUUUGCUCUCAUGUAAGAUCUGUGCAGAAAUCAUAGUUAAGAACAGUUCAAGACGUAUUGUACGGAACAUUUUUUCGGUUUAUUUUUUUUAAUUCAGGUUUCAAGAUUAGUUAUAGCGAGUAUUUUUUGUCACACAGAUUGUUAUCUCGGUAAUCAAGAUUGUAAGUUACAUGUGCUGUACAUCUGCCUGACCUGUGAAUAAACAAGUUUUGGCCUUUACGUCAUUUGUACGCAACUCAUCUCAUCGAUCCUGUGUAUGAUGAUUGUUCGAUGAAGAAACAGUUUAUCAGCACUGCUGUUGUUUUAGAAUUUCGUGAAUUAUUAAAAUGAAUUACAAAAUGGUAUUGAAACCUUGUAAGCAUAUUUGUGAUCGUGAUCGGUUCAUUUUUUAUAUUACGCUCUGAGUGUUUCAUAAUGCCAGCAACUCUUCUACAAACUGCUUUUGUCCUAUUCGCAGUUCGCAACUAACGGCAGCACUUCCCUUCUCAAUGAGAACUUCUAGUAUUAUUUUGUAUCCGUCGCCGUAAUUUUUAUGCCAUCUUCGAAAAAUUGUAAUUGAGGAGGCCUAAUUAACAUAAGCUCUAUAGUUUCCUUUAGGCCUCCUCGCCAUUUCUUCCUACAUUUUUUUGGCAUUUCUUUGUAAUUAUUGUAAUCGUGUGGCAAAUAAAUAAAUACAAAUACCAAUACAAACAGAAAGGCCAAACAAAGGCUCUUCUCGCUGAGUCGGAUAUAGUUAAGGUGUAUUAUUCAAAUGCAAGAUCUAUAUUGGAGUAUGCCAGUGCUGUCUUUGUCAGUUUAUCGCCAAUAUGAUGCAAUGGCUGCUAAGAGAAUACAAACGCACACUCUAGCAAUCAUAUUCAUAUUUCCAGCCAUUAGUGAAGCAUUAUUCAAAGCUAUCAUGAGUCUUACGUUUCAUGACAGACCGGCCGUAGAAUCGUUACAUGCAACAGGUUUAAUUUUUUCAAAGCUUCAUCCUGGAAGCCCUGUGUACAAUCAUCUCUGAAUCCGGCCUACGUACUAAUGCAGUAAAAACCCGUGUACGAAGCAACAUUUUUUUUUUUUUAGCUUUUUUUUAGCGGGGCUCGCGCGCGCUUGAAGCUUGUACAGCGGAGCACCAUGGGUAAGAAAAUUUGGUAGCCUAUGCAUCCGAGAAAUUUUUGGUAGUCACGUGACUGUACGUCCGCAACACAGGCACACCAAUAUAAAAUAACUCAAUCAACAGGUAUAUAUGGCAACCCAAAUGCAACUCAAGGUUUUAUUUGGUAGGAAAUCGCACGGUCGCCCGGACUUCUAGAGAGAAAGAAAAAAAAAACAAAGUCGUGUCUUUUUCGACGUUAUUUUUGAUGUCUACACACACGUGGAUAACAGAGCCGAGAGCUAGAGCGAGUGAUUGAAAUCAAAGGAGACGAAUUUUGCUGCAAGAAAAAAAUUAAAAUUUCAUAGCGGCGGUGAGAAAUUCUAGCGGCCAACAAGGUGAAAAUGAGCCGCAGUGAAAAAAUGAAAGAGAACUUGAACAUAGGAAACGAAAUCUUUGGUAGGGACAUACGACAAUUCCUCUAUAAAAAUAAUACGUAACUGGGAAGUUUGACGUUUUAGUCGUAUAAAACGGCAUUGUAGUCGUGCAAAACAACGGCAAAGAAAGACAAAAAAGCGUGUUGCACGUGCAAAUAGGCCACUUCCGAGUUCCAAAAACCCUCACUUUCAAAAUGAGGCUAGCUAGGUGCACAACCUUUCUUGUGAAAAUUAGUUUUAUUUGCAUGAGAAUGAAAAAUGAUUUCCAUAUCAAAGGCUGAGCACCUACCUUCGUUUUGAAACAGAGGCCCGGGGGAACUCGGAGAUGGCCUAUUUGUUUUUUUGCUAAUUAGAAAAACAAGUAUGCUGCACGUGCAAAUUUGUUUUUUACUAAUUCGAUCUAUUGAUCUUGAUGCCAUUUUCAUUGCAGUCCCCGUUUAGCAUUACAAGAUUUAAUUUAUGGUUUAUAAGUAUUAUUAACCAGUGCUUCGCUUUAGCCCUAGCUAAAUGUAUAUUAAAUUUGGCAAAUAUUAGAUUCUUGCAUUUGAAGGUGUAAUUCGGCAAUUUACGCUAAGACGUUCUUAUUAAUAAUACGUUUCUCUAUUUCUCUCAAACACGAGGACAUACUGCUGUUUCCUACCAUAAAAAUAAAUAAACUUAGGCUCGCAAUUGCUCCUUAAACAUACAAUAUUUAUUCACAACUGUACAUUGCAAAAUUCUUUUAUGCUUGGUCCAUGAAGACAAUUACAAUCUGUACUUUGCUUUUAGAAGAAUUACAGUAAUUAACUUUUAUUUGUAAUUAGUACAGUUUUGUAUAACAUGUUGUACAGUAUUUUCUUGAAAUGUUAAUUUGCAAUCUCAAAGUAAAAUUUCUUGUAAUAUGUUUAUCAUAAUAUAACUGUAACCCACGUGUAAGAACCCGCUUAGUUUUGCUGAGAAUGAACAGUUUCUUUAUUUUUUGUAUUAAAAUGGCAAUGUUCUGCCAGCAGGUUGUUACGCGCCGGUGUUUAGUGCAGUGGCGGAUCCAGGGGAGGGGCCCAGGUGGCCCACCCCGCCUGAAGGCCCAAAAAAUUUUUCUCGUCAAACUGUUUUUUUGGAGCGGGAGCAUCCGUUAAUUCAUUAACCGAUGGUCAUUGUUCCAAGUAUUGAGCCUACGUUCGAACCCACGGGGGGGCGGAGGGGGGAGGAGGUAUUCCGGAUUUCAAGUGUCAGGGAUAAUGGAAUGGGGGCAAAAAUCAAAACCCAAAAACAUCCCUAGGGCUUCAAACAAAACCCCCAAAAUACCCUGGACUAAAAUUUGAUCCCCCAAAGAAUCCCAAGCCGAAUUUCCGAGCCAUAAAAAUUUUCAGAGGAACUACGCGGCCGCGAUAAGCGGAGAGUAUCACGAAUCUUCAGUUUGUCAAACCCAAAAUAAUCCUUUGCUCAUCCCUGUCACUUGAAAUCCGAAGUAAGCCCCCUGGGGACUCGAAACUAUAUCCAAGCAACAUGUCGCGCAUGCUCAACAAAUAUCGUACUCGAGUCAGGCAGAUUCUUUCUUUUGUACGCCAAAAUUGAGCAAGCGAAAUAAAGGCUCUGCUGGCAGGGUGCAAUGUAGGACCGUGGAGAACUUUUUCACUCUUUGACUCAGUGACUUGGAUCAGUUAACGAAAAUAAAACAAUGGGUCAGUGCAACAAAAGAAGUCUUCAUCGUCGGCCCCGGGUCCCGGGUGGUACUCUUGGGAAUUCUUGGUGGAGGUGUGCGCCCGGUUCUCCAAAUCCUGACCUUCUCUCAGACCAAAAAAAUUGUCAAUUUCCACACCCUUUUACAGACCUGGCCUGUAAAAUCCAUAUCCUUUUCCAGACCUGGAGGAGCUCACAAAACGCGACAUACGACAUACACUCCCAUAAUUACCUCGAAAACCGUACCCGAUUACACGCCAAAAUGAGCAAAUUCGAUACCCGUUUUCAGAGCAAAACAGCUCGAAAAACAUAUCCUGCGGGGUGGCAUACACGACCGUAAAUCCUCUAUCAAGCCCCCCCCCUCUAAUAAGCCCCCCCCCUUUUCAGGGGAAGGAAGUUGAUAGGUCCCCACUCACUGUUAAGCGCCCCCCCCAUUUUUAUUCUUCACUAAUAAGUGAUAGACUGUAUUAAUCAACCACGACUGUAAAACAUCAUGUAGACUGAUCCUGGAUGGUUUUCUUACCAACUGGAAGAUCGAAAUUGAUUCUGAUCCUAGGCUGCAUGACCUAAAACUUCUUGUGCUUGAGCUUGUCCACUUUGUAUUCUAGUUCUUUAUGGAGAACUGAUACCAUCGUUGUUUCGGGAUUAAACAAGUUCCCCCCCCCCCUCUCAAAUAAGCCCCCCCCCCCUCAAGUGGACUUGAAAUAAAUAAGCCACUGGGGGGGGGGGGGACUUAAUAGAGGAUUUACGGUAUACCGUUUAUAUAAGGGAGUACCCCUCCCACCGGGCCACGGUUUUACAAUUUUGAUAGCCUGUUCCAGGCUCCGAGAUAGUGGUGAAAGUGAAAAGUCGUUCAAAACUAAGAAAACGCGCUGUACGUCCCCUUUCCCAAGUCGCGCGCGUCUUAUUUUCGCUUUGCUCGUUUAAUACGUCCCCACUAUAUUACCUGAGAGCCUGGCACAGGCUACAAUUUUGAGAAUGACCAAGGACACACUUUAGUUUCAUCUCAAUAUGACUGGAAUGAAUAAAAAACUAAGUAGUAAAUGAACUUGCCUUAUUUUUUUUAAGCAUAAUUGGAAGGUGAUGUCCAGUUUUACUCCUAGCCAGCCACCUUUGCCUAAACUAUGCUUCUACUGAGCCAACUUUUCAGUCCUGUUGUAUUUCUUUGAACUAGCCAUUUGUUCAUGUAGUGGAUUUUGCGUUUUCAUGACUUGCUGUAACUUUGAAGAGUGCUAAUAAUCACUGCUGUUAGCCUGCGUCGCAGGCGCAAAAAGGGGAGGGAGAGGGGGAGGGAGAAAAGCACGAAAGAGGGAAAAAGGGAAGGGAGCGCCUGCUAUAAGAGCCAGUGUUUUUGUAUUCUGCCCACCAUUUUCUGAACUAAUCCGAUAAUGUCAACUGAUACGUGACCAAUCACUUCUCAGCAUGGUCUGAACUUUUACUUUGUUUACCGGAUAUUGUCAAGUCGAGAAGCUUUUUUCAAGUGAUAUCAACAUAGAGCGAAAUAAAACAUCUAUACUGUUCUUCCUCCCGAAGCAAACACGGCAAACAUAUUGACUACGAACAGUCUCUCUCUUUUUUUACUGCUCGCAGUCCGCGACAAACAAGGAUCAGUUUCGUGUUAAUACACAUCAAACAGAAUGGUCACAAACUAGUCACCGGUAGCCUGUCAGAGACGCGAAUAAUGAAAGGAAAAUCAUACUGUCAAAAAGCUCAGCAGAUAGUUUUUACUAAAGCUUCAGCUCUCUUUACAAACCAUUUAGAAGUUCAUUCAAGACGGUAUAUCUUCUUGCGGAAAAGGCGGUCUUGUGAAUAUUGGCAUUGCAGAUGUCUGGCAAGAAUCGCAAUCGCUCUGAACGCUUUGAAUCGCCGCUCGGUGUUUGAACAUAUCCAGUGUACAACGUCUGUACACAGGCUAUGUACAAACCUCCUGAGCCUCUCUGCCUGCUAAACAAGCUAUUACAGUUGGUUCCAGUUCAGGUUUUAACGUUAAGUUGCUACAUGAUUGGAGUAAUUUUGAUCUUCCAAAGCUUAUGUCAGUAGAACACAUUUUCUUGAUGCCUUCAUCAUGUUUGUCUCUCAUUACCACGCCAAUAAUUAAGUUACUCAUCACGACUCAGCCAGUCAGGAAUUUGCGCCUAGCGUCCGCAACAAUAAACAAAAGGGGGCUAUUAUAGAAGGCUUUCCUCGCCCUUUCUCCCCAAUCCCCCUCCUUUUUGCCUUCCUCUCUAUCCCCUAGACCCUACCCCUUUCGACGCCGGCAAGGCAGGCUACACUGCCGUUGGCCAUCAUAUCUUGGACAAGAAAUGCUGCAGAUAGUAAUUUGCGGCCUGAGACAGCGUUGAAUCAUUUCAGUUUUUAUUAUUCCUGUUCUGGUCUGAAAAGAAAACAUAAGGUGUGUCAGCAAAAAUAAUUGGACUGUUAGGCUGUUAUUGAAGAAAAGAUAAAAAAACAGGAAGUCGGUCAAACUUCAGAAAGCGGCUAAAAUUCUCGGGUUCGUUUUAUGUUUCUUCAAAUAACCAAGUCUCUUGAAGUUACUCUUUAGCCUCCCACGCACAUAACUGGCUAAUGAAUCCGUCCCCGCGAAGGUUAAAAAAUUCCCCUGACAGCGGGCAAGGUGCCCAAACCCUUACCCGUGGCUAUAGGUUAUUAGUACGACCUCAUCACCUUCAAAUAUUCCCUUAUGAUUUGUGUCGAAGUAUUCCUUGUAACAGAUUAUUUUCCCUAGCAGGAUAACCAUUUUAAGGUUACAUUAAACAAUCCAUGAGUAUCACAUCUCAAUAAAGAACAUACUUAGACAAGAAUUACUUGCUUUCUAAUCCCUGUUUUGGAUUUGUCAUUGGUAAUUUGCACUAAAUAAUAAUUCCCUUCAUCUGGGUCGUUCGAAACAAAAAUAAUACAAGAGGGAACUAGAACAUAUAAAAAUAGACUGCGCAAAACCCCCAAAAGGGAUUCUCUCUUUACGCCAGGAAGUUGUCUUAGAUGUGAAUAGUGACAGCUAAAUUUCAUCGACCGAAACGACUAGUGAAAUGUCUACUUAUGUCCUCUUACGCGGGUCAUGGUACUGACACAAGAAAAAGUAAUUGGCGAAAGAGAUUUUGUUGAGUCUACUGAAUGUAUAUUUUAGCGUAAAAACAACUCCAAAUUGAGUCGGCAAAGGAAAGAAUUGCGCCAGUUCAGUUCUCAAGUAUUUGAGAUAUCAUGAUCACCGGAACAUGGUACAAAAGUGCUAUGGUGCUGCUAUAAAUUAUGUGGAAAAUUACGAACCAAAUCGAACAAAACCGAGAAAGGUCCAAAAGAUACACUUCUGUUAGCAUAUUUUUAAAUGAAAGUAAACUUUGAUGUUAACGAAUUUCUAUCUGCAAAAAAAGCUACUUGAAAAUAGUUUUGAACUACAGCCAAACUAAAGACCAUCAACUGUCGAGAAGAAACUUGCGGUAUAGUUCUUUUUAACUCUUUUAAAUACCUGAAACGAAGUAAACGAACUGACUGAAAUGAUAAAAAAAAGUUGUUGCUAUAUUAUUUCUUACUUUUAACGUAAAGACAAUGACUGAGGCACAUCUAAUCUACAAAAGAAGAGUCUGUUUUGAUAAAUUUUGACGUUACAACCUAAGUGCCCAUAGCUGCCCAUUGAGUCUGCACUACACAUCCCACGCUGUUUUCUUUCUUAAACUUUUUAAAGAGGACAGUACAGAAAUAUCCUGACAUUUUUCCGGGAAGACAUAAAUUUUGAUAUAUACAUAUUAAAUAAAUUUUAGGCUUAGAGUAUUUUAAACUUAAAAAGUUGGAAUAAUCUAUCCUGCAAUCGACUACUUCUUAACCGGGGAGUUGGUUAACGUCACUUAGCAUCACGUGGUGUAAUCGAACAACUCCUCCCCCAUGCGAAAACUUUUCUUGUUCUGUCCGAGGGCAUGAAAAACAACAACGCUUUCCUGCGUAUCUAAAACUCGUCGGAAAUAUCAGAGGACCUCAAGGACCCGGUCCGACAACUUUGCCAACACUUUGCUCGAAAGGACGACGGCUGUAUAAGAAACAACUUCCUUUGUGACCCAAUCUGACUGCCGACCGGAAGCGAGGAUUCCAACUAAUGAAGUACAUUAAUUAUAAGGCUGUGAUAAUUGCCCUUAAUUUCCACAGUAGCUUUCGCAUUUUCACAUCAAAUUAGCAGUAUGCAUUAUUCAAGUUCUAACAAAUAAAAAACCGCGAGAGAAAGCCAUUUAAGAGCGACGAAACGCGUUUCCAAGGGCCCGUGCAUGAGCUUCGUAGGGCAAAAGGUCAGUUGAAAGGAAGUCAGUGGGUGUUUGGACAAGUUUCAAAAAAUUGUUGAAACAUUACGGCAACAGUACCACAGAUCUUUUUAAACCGAACUCUUGUUUGUUUCAAAGUUCCUCCUAAAUAUAAGGUUACACCUUGUGAUGUUGUUUAUUGACUUUCUAAAGCAUUUUGGCAAUAUCUCAAUAGCCAAAUCAUAUACCCAGGCUAUCCAGCUAAUUAAGAGGAAGGAAGUGGCUCUAUAAAAGUAAAAGAACAACGACACUUCUUGUUUUCCUUUUAAGUGAGAAAAUAAUUGAUAACCAAGCUGAAUAGAAAGAGGGUUUCCUUUAGGCGACAAAAAUAACAAUAAAUAAAACAGCACUGAAGCGAGCGACCCGUCGAAACUUGUAGACUUUUUCUUAAUGAAAAGAUUAUGUUGCGAGUCAAGUUAGCUUACGUGGCAUGAAAAGGGGAUUGGGGUAACAAUCUGAGGCUAAAAUAUUGAUCCCCUGGUAAAAGAAUCGAUAAUGUUUCGUUUUGAACAAACUAGCUGAAGGAACCAUUAUUUGGUAACAAUAAACUUACAUGCAAAUCACCACUGACAAAUCGAUGUAGAAUCAGAAAGGGACGAAAAAUACGAGGGUGAAUAAUGUUUUUGGUCAAGGCUUCAUUCACGUUCGACUGUCUCGGUCGAUGAAAUUUAGCUGUCACUAUUCACAUCUAAUACAACUUCCUGGCGUAAAGAGAGAAUCCCUUUUGGGGGCUUUGCGCAGUCUAUUUUUAUAUGUUCUAGUUCCCUCUUGUAUUAUUUUGUUUUGAACGACCCAGGGAAUUAUUAUUUAGUGCAAAUUACCAAUGACAAACCCAAAAUAGAAAUUACAAAGCAAGUUAGUCUUUCAUCAAUACGCCUUUUUUCUCUUUUUUGUUUUUUGUGGUUCCAUUUUACGUGGUUUCGAUUUCUUUAAUCCUAGACCGCAAAUCCCCGAAAGAUGAAUAAUAUUUUUGUAAGCAUUGAUUCCUAUGAGUAUAUUGCUGUCAGUAUAAAUUGAAUUUAAUACUUCCUGCUGAAUAUUCAAUUUGUAUAAUGAACCUCAGACUCUGUAUAUAAAGACGUCGAUUCCAAGCAUAAAGCAGUUUGAUUCUAUCUUAUCUUGCAGAAGAAGUGGUCCCGCCUCUGACACCAAACUAAGUAGAAGCAGAGCCAACACGCUCAAGGGAUAUCACUGCAAAAUGGUAAGAAAUCCAAGUCAUGGAUACAUAUAUUUUUUUAAGAGUUCAAGUUCACCGAGCCUUUUAAAUCAAUUUGAGAAACUUUCCUUUUUUCAUUACGAUUCCGAUUCGGCUCAUUCUAGGAAGACGAUUAUUUAUUUAUUUAUUUUUUUAGGCUAGCUGUGCAAUGAAGACUUUGGGGUUCUCAAUACUUCUUGUCCACAUUUAUUCCGCCACCUCAUCUCAGGUAUGUGGAGACAUUACUCUUUUAAGUUUCCAAAGUUGUUCAUUGUCUGCAGAUAUUCGCUUUACGCAAAACUAUUCAACCCAAUUUCGGGUUGUCGUUGUUGCUGCUUUUUUUUUUUUUUUUUUUUUAGAACAAUUUUAGCCGUUUAUCACCAUAUUCCAUCUCGAUACUGAGGCUGUCUUACCUUUUCUUUUUGGAAAAUAGACCUUUCCAAAGAAAUGAGGACUCGGGUGGACAAUUUCAUACAAAUCACUGUAUUUUGGUGCCUUUGUUUACAGGAAUGCAGGAAAGGUUUAUACGUUACUGGAAAGUGGUCAUAGCCACCCUAGAAACCUAUAAAAUUUGUGUCCCAGAUAAUCUUAUCAACAAACAUACUGUCCAAAGGGGGGCAAAACAAUUUCAGACACGAGAACCUCAAAUCAAACAAACCUUGGCUGCACAAGAUAUACGAAUUUCUGCUUGCCAAAAGUUGAAUCCAUUUUCAACACCCAAGAAACCAGAAUAACUUUUAGCCCAGUCGAAGAAUUGCGAGGAGAUUUUUCGCCAAAUGAACUGAAAAAAUUUAAACCUCUCUUUUCUGUUUGUUCUUUGUUUGUUUCGUUUAUUUAUAUUUAAACAGCGCAACUGGUACAUGGGCGCUGAUAAGAUUUUUGUGUUCUUUAGGGGACUAGAUAAUUCCUAAAAAGUUUCCAUGAAUUUUUGUUGAUAUCAAUGUUGUUUUCAUUUUAUGUUGUUUUGAAUUUAUUGUGGGAAAACUGAAGGCAAAUCCGUUAAAUUUCACAAGCUGGAUACUUUUGCAUUGAUUCUUGCUGUCCAUAAAAUAAAUAUAUGACUUCUUUAUAAAAUCGUCUGUUCAAAGUCCUCUAUUUUUUCAAUAAACUCGUCAAGAUCGAGCACCGUUACAGACCGCCAUCUUGGUUUAAAAUGUACUGCCUGAGUGUGAAAUCUACUUAGAGGGCGGGAAAAGGUUAGCCUCCAACGCAGGCGUUUUAGGAGAGCCCGUAUUUUUAUCUCUCCCCUGGGGAGGGAGGAGGGAUGAAAAACGAGCUCCCCUGAAAACACCUGCGUGGGAGGCUCUAGCCUUUAGAAUCAGUCGUUUUUAAAGGGAAACGGAAGAGAGAAAAAAAAUAAUGGACAAUUCGAAUCACGUCUCUCCUACGGCUCCUAAAUGGAAGGCUUGAUACUCAGCUUAGAUCUUUUGCGUUUCAAAUGCAUCCUGGUGGGUCGAAUUCAACUUCCAACUGCCCAUCUCGAACUCACCCUUCAGUUAAUAAACAUCCUUUGUUUAUUUAUUUAUCUAUCUAUUCAUAAUUUUUUGUAGCACAUCUUGCAAAUUGAAGAGAAGGGAACAAAAUUUGCACAAGGAAUCGAAAUUGAUGAACAGGAAAAGGUUGCAGUUUUCCGAGUUCCUGCUCACAAUGGCAUCAUCGGCGCUGAUUUCUACAAUGAUUUUAAGAUGGUAAGUGUGUGAACUUUUACAACGACAUUUAGCUCCACUGGUAGAUUAAUCUGAGGAUUUUUAAAACUCGUGUCGAGUCGCUGCACAGACCACCAGUCCCAUACAAAAAUUGUGCGAAGCCGAACGCAAAAGAUAAGUUUUUGAACUUUAUUUAUUCGUUCUUUUAUUUGUUCCCAUGCGAACUUUUCUGGGAAUAAACAAAACCAAAGAAAAACUUGAAAGCUUCGAUAAGAGAACUAGUUAUCGUUUCUCAAGCCGCCCCUUAAAAUUUACGAGCGAAAGCAAAGUUUGUCUUUCAUUUAUACACUGGGGCGGUCUUCUUGAGGAUCCUUGACGGUUAUUCAAACAGAAAACAAGUAAGUGAAUUAAACUUGAGGCUGGGCAAGUGGUGUUUGCGCUCGUUUUUCUGUGCAAAGCGAAAAAGGAAUUUACAAUAGCAUUUAACGUCCUUUUUUACUGUAGCACAGUUAAAUAAUGUUCCAGUCAGUUCUUUCAUAAAAUUGCUUGAACUUCUGGUCUUAAGCUAAAGGGAGGCAGCAGAAAUUUGCUUUUUUAACUGAACUGUUUAUUGUGCAUAUAAGCAUGAAGCUUAUCGAUCUGAGAGAGCCCCCAACAGCUUUCAGGAGAACCAUGGUCGUCUGUUAGAAUCUGAAUACAGUCAUGUCCUUAUGAAACCCUUUUAUAACAAUAUUAUUCUGAUUUCACUUUUCUUUUUUUAGCGUGUAACCGUUACCAGGAUUCUGUCUCGAAAAGUCUGUUAUAUUUCUGAAAUGGACUCGACGCUGUCCGCACCAGGAAAACUGAAAGCGGAUCUUGCACGGGUAGGCAAUUUAAUAAAACAUAGUCUCAGGCGAGCACUAUCAUUUUUAUUUCAGAUAGAUUCUACAAACAACAUUUAUUUUAUCCGGCCCCUUUCAAUCUUUUACUGUUUCGUGUUGUAUCUUACAAGCAACCUCUUCUGCAGGGAGCCUAAUUCGUAGUUGAAAGAAAAAAAAAAAAAGAAAGAAAAUAACUGAUCAUCCUGGUUGAAUUGGAGCCUUUUAAGCUUCAAUAGUUUGUGUUGUGUCUCACAGGCCACUCCUAUGGUAUCCAGGCCAAAAAAGCUUCCUGUAGUGGAAAAAUCUUACGUGGUGAUGAUUACUGGCAAAGCCAACAGAACCCUGCUAACGACGGAGAUUUUGGAUUUCUGUGGAGUCUUGCCCAUUUACAACACAAAACGGUAUCCGGACACAAGCACUACGAAUGGAGUUGCCGGUAAUGAAGGAAAUAGUUAAUAUUACUCUUUGUUCAACAUAAUUAAGUUCUGCCGACUGAAAUAGUUAAAGACUUCCUCACUAAUUACAGGAACAUCGCGUAGAAUUCCAAGUCCAUUGAGGUCAACAAAAAAUUCCCGUCCUCGUAGGGGGUUAGUGUUUUGUCUUUUUGAAAUGAAGCAUACAUGAGGUAAAAGCAACAAAACGGUCAAAGAGUACUGGAAACACGUUUGAAAAAUAACAAAGAUGGCGGCCGGAGUCGCAGAGAAAUUUUUUUGGCUUUCCGAGACGUUUUCUGGAAGGUUUCUUCGCGCUUUCUACCCCUCACAAGUUCAGGUCCAAUUUAAAAGGAAAAAAAAACCAGUUUUUAUCGUAUUCCUUGGUUUAAAAGACUUUGGUGGUUUUAAAGACAGACAAGAGAGGUCACGAUUUCAGGUGUUACCCUGAUCGCAAUUUCUGUAAACUUUGGUUUUAAUCUUUCCGUGAAAAUCUACGCACGCGAAACUCCAUGCAAAAAUUUUGGUUGGUUUUUAGCGCAAAAAAACCAGUGAAAUCGAUAUGCUGGCAUUAAUCGAAGGUAAGAUCUUGAAUUUCAUAUAGCCACGGCGUUCUUGAUAUUUAUAUUCCGGUGGUACCCAUUGAGAAUUGGUCACGAGCAACUCACAAUCAGAGACAAAAAACUCUCAUGUCGCUUUAGUCUUAUUAUUCCGCCAUAUUUUAAAGACCAAAUCGUGGCUUGAAUGCUGCUCUAGCCUGUUAAAUUCCCUGUUGUGAGCUAGACCACGAGCAGUGUCUCUUUUUUCUUGGUUCGUCGAGCAAAACGCCCGAGACACACAAAUGACUACGCGCGUGACUAAAGGCGCGAGACGGGAGAGGCACGACUGCCGCCCUCGUUUCUUGGGUCUCACAGCUUUGCCGCUCAACGCUCGCGCGCGCGCGUGCACUCCCCUUACUAAAUCUGAAGAAAAAGAGAGACUGCUCGCAGUCUAGAUGUGACUGGGCAUUCUAAGUGACAAAUAAAUCCUUCAGUAGAAAUAGCACUUGCGUCCUAUUGAUUUUAUUGGUUCACUUCUCUCCUCUGUGAUAUUGGGGCGUUUAGGGGUGGAUCGAGUGACCCACAUUUCCCCUUUUUCUGUAAAAUUCUGUUUUACUUUAAAUAAUUCAUACCAAAAUAAAUAGUAUCUUUAUAGCCCUCACCCCCCACCCCUUUCUAAAUUUUCUGGAUCCCCGCUCCCCUCUCUGAGAUGUCUUUCUCUGGCCGUUUUCUCCCUCCCCUGUUUUUCCAUCUUCUCGAAAACAAGCAUGUACAAAUUUCAAUUUGAUCUGGAGGGUGCUACGGUUAGUUAUAAACAGAUUUAAUCACUUCUGAAAUCAACAUAGAUUUGUAACCUUUUUCAAAUUAAUCUUUGCCCAUUUAUUUUUUAUCUUCAUUGAAAAUCAUCAAAAAUGACUUCCUUCCACUUUAUAUUCUCUACAAUCUUUGUAAAAUGAUAGUGUUAAUUGCAUAUUUCUUUCCACUGAAUUGUUUUACAGUUAUCAAAGGUAAACGGCGUCUGUUUAAGCGACAGGUGCUGCGGACAGAAACCACUCCUGUAUAUUAUUUCAAUCGUACCUGCAAAAGCAUGAAAGCAAACAAUGGACAAAUCGAUUGGAGUAGCUUGGAAGAUUGCAAAGAUGAAAAUAACCUAUGGGAUGUAGCUUGUACAUUUAAGGAUGGGUUGUGUUUUUACUUUGUGACAUGCAAUUAUCUGGGAUCCCCAAGAAAGCAGUGGUCAUGUUCGGAAACACACGAUCAUUCUGCGAUUCCAGUAUGCUGUGAUCUCGUUUGUGGGCAUUGA